AUGAGGACAGAAGAAGAGCUUCGGAUCUGCAUGCUUGUGUUUAGAGCAACCUUUUGUUUUGGUAUAUACUUCUAUCAUUUCAGGUUGCAGAUCUGCUACGGUACCUGUAAACAGAGUGAACUAAAGCAAAAGAAGAUGUUGGAGUUUUCUCGCAAGGCCGGAAUGAGGAGGAGGAGACUGAUGUUUAGUUGCAGGGUUAUGCAGUUGAGAACAGAUGUAAGUAAGGAAAGUGAAGAGAUAUAUGACGAGCAUAUAAGAAAAGUUGACCAAAUUGAAGGUCCCUAUUUCUGUGUUUUUGUUAAGAGAAAGGAACCAUUGUGCCGUUGUGGAAAAUCUGGUGAGGAAGUGGUAGAAAGCAAGCAACAUUUACAGCAUCUAAUUGGCAUUUGUGAAGGGGUUAAGUGAGUGUGAACCUUUUUCUCAAGUGGCAAGUCCAUUCCAAGCAAAUCUGUUCCGAAAAGCUGCAGGACAGCUUAGGAUAAAGGAUAAUGUGAUGUGAGGCAGUUAGUUUUUAACUUCAGCGGAUCAAACAGCGCUAGUUCAAGAAAUUAGUUUGCUUGAAAAGCAUCAAAAGAAGUUGGUUGAGGAAGCAAACCAAGCACCAAAGCUAAAUCACAAAGAAGUGACAUCCCAUAAAACUGAGUGAUCAACAAGCUGCAGAAAAAGUUGCGAAAAUUCUGUCAGAACAUGAAGAAGAGUAAUCUUUUUAACCGAGGAAAUUUGUAGUUGGUGAUAAAGGUAACUUGAAGGAAGCAAUAACCCUGGUUGAACUCUCAAGAUAUUGCUGCCCUGGAGAAGAAGCUUGAGAGUGUUCAUAUUGGUUUCAUCGUUUCGUGCAAAAGAAGGGAGUAAAAUGAAUCCUCUAGGCUCUACUUGUAACAUAAUCAGCAAUAAGAUCUGCCUAAUAUCUGUUUAACGCAUCUUAUAGCAUACCAACUACACUCUACAUUCCUGAAAAUCCAUUUGUCUUGAGAAGUAAGAAGAAGUCAAACGAGAGAAGUAAUUCGUUUAAGAUAUCAUCAACACAUGCUUUGAUUAAAUUAGCAUGCCACUGACCUUAAUGCC